CAGGCAUGAUGACCCUAUUAUUAAGUGGGCCAUCUGAAAACAUAAACUAUGAGUAUCUCUCUUCAGAUGGAACAUUCCAUGCUGAUGUUGGACAUGGUGAGUGUGGACAUUCAGCUGUCUGGUCUGGGGACACCCCGGGGUCCCUGCACGCUGCUGUGGCUCCCAAGUCGUAAAAACCGGUGUCAAAUGGACGCUUGGAGACUUGCUGUAAAUCCCCCAGGAUGCCACAGUGCGCUUGUCAUUUACUGCUCUCACAACUGUAACACAGACAGUCGGAAGUUCACAGGCAGAGUCGAACUGUAAAGUUUGCGCAUAGCUUUGUUUCCGCCACCAUCCACAGAGCAGAGUCCGCCCCGAGUGACACCCGCACUUCCUAAAACAGAGCAGUUACGAGCAGCUUCCUCCCGUGUCAGCUAGCUCCUGAACCCUCAGGGUCCACGUUAGAAAGAGACGGAGCGACGCUGUUGUUGUCCUCCCCUGUGUGCCGCACCUGGUACCUGUUCAGAGAGCGGCCGCUGUGAGUCAGGUAUGCAUCUCUUUGUGUUUCUCACCGCGGAAGAAGUUUCACGCGUAGGCGUCUUUUUGUUGUUUUCAGCCAAGUCUGGUUUUCCCGUAAAGCCUCGGGUCAGUGUGAGCUGGAACUGACGAGGUUCAAGUGUGUUUUGACGUUCUACCUGGAUUAACCGUCGUGCCGCGAGAGUUUGCGUAAUCGGUGAAGGCUAACUGCAGCAGCAGACCAGCAUGUCAGGCAUUACAGCCAGCACAACAAACUAUCUGUGGUCUUUACAAGAUGUCCUCGGUCAAGGAGCUACUGCCAGUGUCUACAAGGCACGCAAUAAGAAAUCUGGUGAGCUGGUAGCUGUCAAGGUAUUUAACAUGGUGAGCUACAACCGCCCCCACGAUGUCCAGAUGAGAGAGUUCGAGAUGCUGAGGAAGCUCAACCACAGCAAUAUUGUAAAGCUGUACGCUGUGGAGGAGCUGCCGUCUAAACAGAAGGUGCUGGUGAUGGAGUAUUGUUCAGGAGGAAGUCUGCUCAGCCUGCUUGAGGAGCCAGAAAAUGCUUUUGGCUUGCCUGAAACAGAGUUCCUCACAGUUUUGCUGUGUGUAGUGCAGGGAAUGAACCAUCUACGGGAAAAUGGAGUGGUACAUCGGGACAUUAAGCCAGGUAACAUCAUGCGGCAGGUUGGGGAGGAUGGCAAGUCUGUUUAUAAGUUGACUGACUUUGGAGCUGCAAGAGAGCUGCAAGACGAUGAGAAGUUUGUGUCUAUAUAUGGAACUGAAGAGUAUCUGCACCCAGACAUGUACGAACGUGCUGUGCUGCGUAAGCCUCAUCAGAAAUCCUAUGGAGUGAGUGUAGACCUGUGGAGUAUUGGUGUGACAUUUUACCACGCUGCCACUGGGAGUCUACCCUUCAUACCGUAUGGAGGCCCCCGCCGGAACAAGCCCACCAUGUUUAAAAUAACUACAGAGAAGCCUAUGGGGGCAAUAGCUGGAAUACAGCGGGUGUUGGACGGACCUAUAGAGUGGAGUUACCAACUACCUCACAGCUGCCAACUCUCACAGGGUCUGACAGUGCAGCUUGUUCCAGUACUUGCAGGUAUACUGGAGGCCGAUCAGGAGAGGUGUUGGGGUUUUGACCAGUUCUUCACAGCCACCACAGACAUACUGCAGCGGCAGCCAGUUCACCUUUUCUCUCUGCAACAGGCCAUGGCACAUUGCAUCUACAUACACCACUACAACACGGUGUCAGCGUUCUUCGAGGAGGUGGCUUCUCAGACUGGUAUAGGAGUACAGCUGCAACAUCUGCUCUACCUGGCUCAUGACCUCCCUCUGGAAGGCAGCAUGAAGGUGGUAAACCUCCCGAGUACUUCUCCUGCACGACCCCUCAUUUUGCUCAGCUUCGGGCUUGAAGCAAAUACCACCCUGCCCUUCAGAGAACCAGAGACUCCAGUCAUCCCAUCCAGGUUUGAAGUCAUAGCAGACUACAAUUUCUCCAAGGUAAUAGUGGGAGUGGUCCACCAGUAUCUGAGGAUAGUACGGUUGCUGCACACACACAGAGAGCUGCUACUGCAGGGAUACUACAGCUACAUGAUGAGGUUGCGAAAGGAGUGUGGAGAAGCAAUGCACAGCAUUGCAAUGAUCACCAUUAGACUGCAGUCUUGCCUCAACGUAGAACACAGGAUUCAUACACUAGGCCAUUUUGCUUCAGAAAACCAAGGUUCAGCUGAUAGCACUCAGAAGCUGCAGCUGGUCCAUGAGCACCUGCCUAUAUACGCUGCUGGCAUCCAAGAGUUUCAGAACCGACUGGACCAUCUGCAGAUAGAACAGGCCAAGCUAGCAGAGACGCUGGCCAAUGACAAGAGCUGUCAGAAGAUGGAGAUGCUGCUGCGAAAGAUAACAGCAAUUCAUCAGCAUUAUCGUAAAGACAGACUUACUGGCAAGUUGGCAUAUAAUGAUGAGCAAAUCCACAAGUUUGAGAAAAUCCACCUGUCAGGCCACAUUAAGCGAGUGAAAUCUCUCUUCAGAGAGGACUGCGUGCAGAGAUACAAGGAGAUUUUGGCCUCAACAAGGACGUGGAGCAGUGUUUUACUGGAGAUGCAAACCAGACUGCAGGACUUCAGCUCCUUCUCCACAGGCUUGUUGGCAGACCUGGAGAUGAGUGAGCAGUGCCAAAAUAAGACUCUGGACAAAAUCCUUUUCAGUGUGCGGUCCACCAAAUCAGGACAACAGCCUGGAAUCACGCCCACAGACAAGGACCAGAUGGUCUCCAGGAUGCACCGUCUGAAGGAGGAAAUGGAGAUUUUGGUGAGGGAGCUACAGUGUAACAACGGAAUCAUUGAGAGUCUGGGAGCAGUGAACCCUGCAGCACCUCUGGAGCCGAGCUUGGCCAGACCUUCUACACUGUGACAAAAGUGCAGUAUCAUCUUCACUCACAAACACAUACACACACACACACACACUCCCCCUGUCAAGCACGUCAAUUAAACUGCCACUCAUGAACAGUUAUGGACAGUGGAUCUACUCCAACCCGGGCUAUCGGAAGAGGAGGCAUCCGAGAAACAAUCGAUAAAAUGUGAAUCUCAAUUUAGAGAUAAGAUGCACUGUGUGGAGAAGGAGGAAACACUACUGAUGGAUCAUAACUCUGUGUUUGUGUGUGUGUGUGUGUGUGUGUGUGUGUGUGCGUGUGGUUGGCAACUGAGUUCAGCAGUUCAAUAUAAACCUCAUUAAUGCCUUUAGUGUUAUUGUAUUUCUAACAGGCUGCCACAGUGAUGGACUUUUAGGAUAAGGCCAAAUGAAUGCUAAGUCAGCUGUUAGAGUGUUUUUCCAAGGCUGUAUUUCCUCUUUCUCCCACAGAGGAACCACUGCAACAUCUGGAGACCCUUAAGUGAUGAAUUUAACCAAACUGACUGUAUAUUUCUCUGUCUCUCUGCGUAUUUAUGUGUGUCAGACAUCUGUGUGUGUGCUAAAUGAGUUGUCUGACAUUUCCCUUCAUGGUUGAUAAUUCGACUUCUAUCACGUGACUUAAUUUCUAGACUGACUUCAAGUGUAUCAUUGUCAGUUCAGUGAAAGAAUAGUGAGUGAUUACAUCAUUGACUGUCCGUGGCUAUGGUAUUGAUGUUUCAUGUGUCUGUCUUCCUGUUGAUGUUUAACUUGGAUGAUAAGUUAUUUCUCUGUAUUUGAUCACAGGUUUUCACUGUAAAAGAGAAGUUAUAAAAUCAGGGAAACUGCACUCA